AUGGAAGGACCAAAGGGCUCUAAUGUUUGCCAACAAAUUCUCUCUCCCUCACAAGUUCUUCCCUCCUCAAUCAAAAUUCAGAUUGACUCAUCCACCAUUCUUCCAAUUGUUGAACCUCACCAAAUUCUCUCCAAGAUCUGUACCAACGGCGAUGCAUCAGUGGCUUCUGAUAAAAUCUUUGACGAAAUCGAUGAGUUGAAAUACGAAAUCAAAUCUCGUGCAGGAACGGCAGUUGUUGUAGCGAACAACAAACCUACAAAAUCAAGAUCUUCUCUUUUAUCCAAAAUCCUCAACUUCCAUCGGAACCCAGCACGUUCAGUUUCGAAACCAAAAUACUACCAAACCCUCGAAAUGUCAUCGCCAGAAAAUUAUCUUCGCUCCGCUGAGCCGGCACUCAUGGACAUUGAUACCGUGAGCGAUCUGUUUGUGGAGAAUUACCAAGAAACCAGACAGAUCUGUGCCAGACCUUACGAUUGGCCUCAUGACAAGUCAUUCCAAAGACACACCACUGCGCUAGUCAUUAUCGACAUGCAGAAAGAUUUUGCCUCCGACAAGGGAUAUCUGAAAAAUCAAGGUAUUGACAAUCAACCAAUCCUCGAUAUUGUUCCUAAUAUUCGCAAACUUCUCGAUGCUUGCCGAGCCAAAGGUUUCACUAUUUACCAUACGCGAGAAGGCCACCGAUCUGACCUGUCAACACUUUCCAAACGCGAACAUUUCCGCUCAAGAAACAACGGGAACCGCCUUGGUAUUGGUGACCCCGGCCCACUAGGACGUCUCCUUAUUCGCGGGGAGGAAGGCCACGAAAUUAUCGAUGAAUUAGCUCCUCGAUCGGAUGAGCAGAUCAUUGAUAAGCCCGGUCGGAGUGCAUUUCAGCACACAGAGUUUCGGCUCAUGCUAAACGUGAAGGGGAUCAGGAACCUAAUUUUCUGCGGUGUAACAACGGACGUUUGUGUAAUGAGUACGAUGAGGGAUGCCAACGAUAACAACUUUGAUUGCGUCCUGGUAGAAGAUGCGUGUGCUGCUGGUGUCUAUGAGCAUCACAAAAGUGCAGUUGAGUCAAUUACUGAAGAAGGGGGUAUAUUUGGUGCUGUCACAACGGUGAAAGAUGUUUUGGAGAAAAUGGAGAGGCUCUUAGAUACAACUGAGCCUGGAUUUGUGUCUCCCCAUUCAAUUCCAGCAGGGACGAAUGCUGAUGAUGAAUCCAAGACCGCCCAUUCAAAUGCGGCAGGGAUGGACAAAUCAACACUUGUCCCCGGAACUGCCAUGGGAGAAAAUCAACCCCCUUCUGGAAGUCAAUUUUCAAAAAUCUCCUUGGCUGAACCUACAUCAGAAGUAGGGGAUUAUAUUGACGACGGCUCGUGUCGCCGUAAGCCCACACAAGGAAUCUCAAACCAAUCAAAACCUUCUGGUGAGUAG